AGUUACCAUUCCUGAGCUUCAUUCUUCACAAUCUGCUGCUUUUUCCUCAUUAAGUGACGCUUAUGGUUUAAAACCACAUGCAAAUUAGAUUGCACAAAAAUUAACUACGCGGGUUCCAAUCUGGGCUGUGUGGAGUUUGCAUAUUCUCCCCAUGCCUGUGUGGGUUUUCUCCAGGUACUCCAGCUUCCUCCCACAUUCCAAAAACAUGCAUAGUAGGUUAAUUGAAGACAUAAAUUUGUCCGUAGGUGUGAAUGUGAGUAUAAAUGGUUGUUUGUUUAUGUAUGUGCCCUCCGAUUGGCUGGCGACCAGUUCAGGGUGUACCCUGCCUCAGAGUCAGAUGGCAUAGGCUCCACCAUACCUGCGACCCUAGUGUGCAUACGUGGUAUAGAGAAUGGAUAGAUGGAUAAAUUUAAUGUGGUUAUGCACUCAAUAUUAGGUACACCAUUGCAAUACAGUGGUCAGCCAAUGUAUAUAAACAAAUUCAAGGAAUUUUAUUGUCAUAUGAACACAUUUGCACAUUAUAUGGCACAAAAUUCGAUACCUGAGGUCCCCAAUUAGCCCAAUAAGUCCCAAGAAUUGUGAAAAUGUAAGUAGAAUUGAAAAAAUAAUAAACAAAAGUGCUUAUCUACAUUGGUGAGUGUGUGCAAAGAUGUAAAUGCAUCGAGGAUGUGGAUGCAGUAGAAAUACAAAUAAAUGCAAGAGGCUUGAAUUGCGUGUGAUAUUUACAUGCUCAUUUGUACUUGAAACCAUGUUGCCUAUUCAUUAUUCAGGGACGAAAAGCCACAAUUUAGCUUUUACAUUAUAUGUCCAGUAUACUGUCAGGCCCUCAAGUGUCCUUUAUAGGUAUGGGGAGGAAAGGAGUCAAUUAGGAUGCUCCCCCCCCAAAAAAAAAAACAGCUAAUGAAUAUGUCACGUGGCAAGUUUGUAAGAAAACUUUUGGCACAUUUGGCAACAAGUGUGCGGUCACUGUGUGAUCACGUCAUGCGCCUUUGCCACCGCGCUGCUCCCCCCCCCCCCCAAAAAAAAGGCAGUCUGAGCCACUUUGAAUCAAGACUUUGUCCUCACCACACGUCUUCUUGCAACCGCUCUUGUCAUUGAUUUUCCCAGUCCAAACAUGGAGACUUCCAAGACUCCGCAGGGUUUUUGCCACAAGUCUUCAUUCAGCAUCAGCAGCCUGUUGUGGAAGAACGGCGAGACAUCCAGCCUCGAAGACCGGAGCGCACCUGUCGAUAGUAACCCAGUGAUGAAUGAUCAAGGCGAGAAAAGCGGCCUUAAAGCAGACAAACCUCCCUUCAGUUACAACGCCCUCAUUGUGAUGGCCAUCCGCCAAAGUCCGGAACGACGUCUCACCCUGAGCGGCAUCUACGAGUUCAUCAUGCACAACUUCCCCUUCUACAGACACAACAGACGCGGAUGGCAAAACUCCAUACGGCACAACUUGAGUCUGAACAAGUGUUUCGUCAAAGUGCCGCGCCAUUACAACGAUCCUGGUAAAGGCAGCUACUGGAUGCUGGACUCGUGCAGCGAGGACGUCUUCGUCGGAAGCACCUCCGGAAAGCUACGGCGCAGGACCACACUUGGUCCCGGAGCCGGGACCUCGUUUGCACCCAAAGGAGCUGAGCUUCGCGUGAUGUCCACCAGCUCCUUUUACUGGCCGGUGCCACAAUUUAUGCCGCUCCCAGCACCAGUGGAAGCGGAGCAUCGCGUCAGCGCGCACCCUCGCUCGUCACGACCCGUGUCCGCGAGCCCAGGCGGUUCCGGUACGAGCAGCUUUGUGCAAGCCCGCCACGAGAUGUCUUAUGUUGGACUCAGCUGUGCGCAAACCGCAUGGCGACGACAAUCUGGCACCGACUCGUUCUCCACAUCCAUCCCGACCUGCAGCACCUGUUCUCUGCAUGAUCAAAGUUCUCUCCGCAUGAUCUCAGGGCUAGCCACCUUUUUCUACACCAACAAAAUGCCGUGUUGUGACUUAAAGUCAACCAACAAGACCUCCCACGGACAAUUUCUGCCAAGGAGCAGUCACUCGGAACAGUUCAAUAAUGUUUUUUAAUAGAUUAUGGCCCCCGAAUGAAGUUUUAAAACUUAAAUGGCUUCAAAUAGGGGGGAAUUUUUUUAAUUUAAAUAUAUAUAUAUAGUUUGUGUGUGUUUGUGCUAGAGUUCUGAAAUAGUUCAAAGUGUAUAGAUUUUUGUUUAAAUUCCAAUAAUGUUUAGUUAAUUGUUAAAAGUAUAAAAUAUCUGAUGAAAAUGCUCAAUUUAAUGCUACGAUUGAUAGUUAUUCAUUUGUUUUAAGACUAAUAAUAUAUACCAUUUGCAUCUGUAUUGAAAACAAAACCACAAAAAAAAAAGACAAUUUAAUCUGUAGGCUACCUUUUUUUUCCAUAAACAAAUACCACAUAGGCAUCAUUUGGCAUUUUUAGAUGCAAAUAAAAGGAAUGAAAUCAAGAAAUAUAAGUUAAAAACUAAUAUGUGGCAUGAACUUUAAUCAUGUAAAAGCUUUGGUCUUGAAUUGGUUAAAAUCUGUAGUGAUUGUAGUGUACAGUCGGCUAUAUGGCUCAUUAAAGGCUCAAUGUUGUGACAUGUUUUUAAUGUGUUGUUAAAUUUCUCACUGCUGAUCACAAAGAAGGGCUUCAAGGCUGUUUUGGUGAGCACCAUUUCAAAACAUUUUUUGUGUAUGAUGAAAUCAUUUGAAAUGUGACUGGCUGUAUGUACAUUGUGCAUUUUUCUGCAUUAUAAAAAAACUGAAUCUUUCAUUACCAUUUUAUGUCAACCUAUUACACAUGAUUGUAUUUUGUUUUUGUAAAAUAAUCAUUUUGAUUUAAAGAGUCAUGAAUGUGCUGUUCAUGGGAAGUUUUAAUUUUAGAAUACAAUCUUAUUAUUUCAUGAACGUUUAUAUUGCUAAAUACUAAUACUGUAUAAUAAUUUAGUGAGUGAGAAAGGGCAUUAAAUUGCAGCAGUUUUGCCUAUAUGUAUUUUCAUUACACCUGUAAAAGAAGGACGAAGUAACAAUGUUGAUUUUUUUUUUCCAUCAUUGACGAUUUGUAGGUUUGCAUAUUAAUCUAUUUUCUACCCAUAGUGUUAUUAGAUAUACAGUAUUUAUUAUCAUUAUGCCUGAAACAAAUUAAGUGGUGGAAAAGUGUUAAUAGUAAACCUGCAUGAGACA